AUGGGCAGGGCCGAGACAAAGCACGACCGUGUCCACCCAAAGCACGACCGUGUCCUCCCAAAAGCACGGCUGUGUUUCUCCCAACACAGUGGCCGUGUAAUUAACCCUAGCCAAAGCACGGGCGGGCUGAGCCAUUACACGGUCGUGCCCUCGAUCGUGCUUUGGCCACUGAUGCCCUUUUUGAAGGCAGAUUCGAGCCAAGGAAGGAGAAUCGGAUUUCUUGAGCAAAAACAGAGCCCUAGAGAGAGAAAGGACGAAGAACACAUCCUAGAAGCUAUCUUGGAGCUGGGUUUCAUCAAAUCAAGCUUGGAGAUCGUCAUAGGAGUGGAAAUCAUCAUCCCAUAG